GUCAACAUUCAACAAUGACGGACAAAAGCUCUGUUGAUGGGAUUCUAGACUUUCUCAAGAGAAACCGUUUCUCUAAAGCAGAGGAAGCUCUCCGUAAUGAGCUCAACAACAACAACAACAAGAACCCUUCUGACUUAAAUGUGUUUCUUCAGAAUCUUAACCUUGAGGACAAAGGUUCAAAACCUAAGGCUGUUGCUGGUAAUGAAGGUUCUAGAGAUAGUCAAGUCCCCAAGGAGCUGAUUGUGAAAGAGAUAGACUGUGGGACUGGCAAUAAUAAUGGGUCUGUUGUCAAAUGGGAGAAUGGUGAGAAAGGUAGUAAGAAGGUUAUAUCAAGGGAGAUGAGCUUCACAUUCUCUGAAAAUUUAGGUGAUACUGCUUCUGCUCCUGAUGCGAGUUCCUGUAAAUUUACUACUUCAGGUAAGGGUACCUUAGACCCUUAUGGAAACGUUAGUGAUAUUAGUGGUAGCAGUUUGGUGGAUUCAUUUGCAUUGGAACGGUCGAAGCAUGGGAGUCAGGCUGAUGUCGAUAAGAAAAUAGUGGAAACUGGUGAAGAUAUUGUCUUCUUUGGUAAUAAGACUACUACUUCAUGGUCUGGAAACGCUACUAGUAAAGGGAACUCCGGAUCCAAAGUCAAUGAGAUUGAUAGGGUAAUUGAAAAGUUUGGAAAACAUGAAAACUAUAUGAGCAGCACUCGGUUAAGAGCAGAAGAUGUCGCAGAUACAACCUCGGAGAAUUUGAAAGAGAGUUCUGUAAAGACUCAUUUUAAAUCUUCGAGAGGUGAUGAUGCCUCAACCAGUUACAAUCAGGUCACCAGCUCGGACAAAAGAGACGGAAAGAAAAAGGCAGACGUUAAUGAUGUGAGGGCGGCGAUCAAGGAGCAGGAGUGUGAGGUGGCAAGAGCUUUAUUCUUUGGUAAAACUCAAUCUACUUUUGAGGACAAGAAUGUAAGCAGCUUAGGUUUUCCGCUUGUCUAUGAUACAAGGAAGGAAGAGUUUCCUAGGCUGCCUCCUGUUAAGCUCAAGUCUGAAGACAAUCCUCUGAGUCUUUACUGUGACGAAAAGUUUGAGCGUGAUGGUUCUGGUUCAAGGCCAAUCAAUGAUGGGGAGGCUCUUCUCAUAGGUUCAUACCUUGAUGUUCCAAUUGGUCAAGAAAUCAGCUCAUCAGGUGGAAAAAAAUCUGCUGGGGGAAACUGGCUUUCAGUAAGCCAGGGAAUAGCAGAGGAUGUAGAUGCAUCAGAUCUUGUCUCUGGAUUUGCUACCAUGGGUGAUGGUUUGAGUGAAUCCGUUGAUUACCGUAAUGAAUACUGGGACUCUGAUGAGUAUGAGGAUGAUGACGACAUUGGUUAUGUCAGACAACCUAUUGAGGAUGAAACAUGGUUUCUUGCUCAUGAAAUCGAUUAUCCAAGUGAUCAUGAAAAAGGAACGACCCGCGGAAGUCCUGAACACCAUGAAACAGAUGCAACCAAAGACGAGGAUGAUCAGUCUUACGCAGAGGAGGCUUCUUAUAUAUCUGGUGAACAUUAUCCUCUAGCAAAAGUUGUUGAACCUGUUUCUUCGGAACAUGACCGAAGACUUACUGUUUCAGAAAUCUAUCCAGCUAGCAAGAAAGAUGAUCUGAUAUCCCAAUAUAUUGGGGAACUGGUGGAUGAGGAAGUGCUCGAUUCGAUGCGUGAUGGGCCUCUUUGGCAGGGCUUUGAAGCUCAGAAAGGCGUAAAUGCUCAUAGAAAAUCUCAUCUUGGUGAUGUUUGCGUGGAAGAUGAUCAGCAUGAUUCAGUCAGGUCAAUUGGUGUGGGUUUCAAUAGUGAUGCAGCUGAUUUUGGCAGUGAAGUGCGUGAAAGUUUGGCUGGAGGGAGCAGUGAGGGAGAUUUUGAGUACCCCCGUGAUCAUGAUGCUGUAGCGUCCAGGUUUAAACAGGUUUACUCUGAGUCAGAUAAGAAACAUAUUGAUGAAACCAACAAGAAUAAACAGAAAGCAAGUAAGAAUGAUGGUUCAGAUUACAUUGUAGAUAAGGAUUCAGGCGAAAGUUUCCAUGUGAAGGAUGUGAAGUUGAUGCACGCAGAAUCUAGUAAAUCAUUAUGGUCAGGCGAUCAAAAAACGGUAAUCAGAGAUAAGAACGCCGAACGUUUGAGCGCUUCAACAGCUACUGAUGAUAUGGUUGCUACUUGGAGACGGAAAAGUAGCGAUACGUCAAGUUCUCGAAGUUCUUCAGUGAAAGAAGAUAUUGCAACGUCCCUAAAAUCUAGAAACUCAUCCCCCUCAUCUCUUUCAAAUUAUGCUUGCGAAGAAAGAAAGCAUGCUGAUAGAGAAGAUGAUGGUAGUGAAAGUGAAGAUGACAAUGCGACAGCACUUGAUGACGAAGAGGCAGUGGCUGUACAAGAGCAAGUUAGACAAAUUAAGGCCCAAGAGGAGGAGUUUGAAACCUUUAACCUCAAGAUCGUGCAUAGAAAAAACAGAACUGGUUUUGAAGAGGAAAAGAACUUUCACGUGGUUUUAAACUCGGUCAUUGCUGGGCGUUACCAUGUCACUGAGUACCUUGGAUCAGCAGCCUUCAGUAAAGCCAUACAAGCGCAUGACUUACAGACAGGAAUGGAUGUUUGUAUAAAAAUUAUAAAGAACAACAAAGACUUCUUUGACCAGAGUCUUGAUGAGAUAAAACUUUUGAAGUAUGUCAAUAAACAUGAUCCGGCUGACAAAUACCAUCUUCUCCGGUUGUAUGAUUACUUUUAUUACCGGGAGCAUUUGCUAAUUGUAUGUGAACUUCUUAAGGCUAAUCUAUACGAAUUCCACAAAUUUAACAGAGAAUCAGGUGGUGAAGUUUAUUUCACAAUGCCAAGAUUGCAGUCAAUCACAAUCCAGUGCCUUGAAGCACUUCAGUUCCUACAUGGACUAGGACUUAUACACUGUGAUUUGAAGCCUGAGAACAUAUUGGUCAAAAGCUAUAGCAGAUGUGAAAUAAAAGUCAUUGACCUUGGAAGUAGCUGUUUCGAGACAGAUCACCUAUGCUCCUAUGUCCAGUCAAGGUCGUAUAGAGCACCAGAAGUCAUUUUGGGACUUCCUUAUGAUAAGAAGAUAGACGUGUGGUCUCUUGGGUGCAUUUUGGCUGAACUAUGUACCGGAAAUGUUCUCUUCCAGAAUGAUUCUCCAGCCAGUUUGCUUGCAAGGGUUAUGGGAAUCGUAGGAUCUAUCGAUCAUGAAAUGCUUAGGAAAGGACGUGAUUCCCACAAAUACUUUACAAAAAACAGAAUGCUAUAUGAGCGGAACCAGGAAAGCAGCAGAUUAGAAUACCUGAUACCUAAAAGAACAUCACUGAGACAUCGGCUUCCAAUGGGAGACCAAGGAUUUACAGAUUUUGUGGCUCAUCUUCUUGAGAUAAACCCAACGAAGCGUCCUUCUGCAUCAGAGGCUCUCAAGCACCCUUGGCUUUCGUACCCGUACGAGCCAAUCUCUACUUAA